AUGACAAGAACGGACGAGACGAAGGACACGAAGGAGAAACGGCACGAGAAGGAGAAAAAGGAAAAGAAGGAGAAGAAGGUUAAGAACAAAGAGAGGCAGUAUCAGCUGAUAGACAUCGACACGAAGGAACCGGAUGCCAAGAGACGAAAGGCCACAGGCAGCAGCGGGGGCUGGCGGUUGCAGGGCUUCGACCAAGCCCAUCUCAAUGGCAUCUGGAGGAAGCGAGACGACCCCCACUACAAGCUGUUUGACCACAACGGUGUGCCCUACUCUUCAGUUUGGAAGGAUGGAGGAGAGCUUUUCGCGUACUACCAGUACGACAAGAGUCGCUGGGCCAUGAGCCCUCGCAUAGAUGACACGACGGACGUGGACCUCUUCUUGCAGGUUCGUGCAAAAAAGAAGGAGCCGGGAAUCCUCUUCUACAGCAACGAUACCAAGUUGUGGCGCGAGAACCUGCCGGAUGGUAAUUGGAAAUACCACUACCCGACAAAUGGCGUUCAGUACUGGACAGAGCUCACCUCGGAGGAACUGAGCUGGCUGAGCAUGGCUGAGCCUGCUGCGCUCGCCCCACGACGGUCGGUGGCUGUGCCCGCAGCACGCACGCCGGCAUUUCUUGACAAGCAGCCUGGCACACCGAACUUGCCACCGCUUCAGCCAAUUGCGGCACCAGGCACGCCGCUCACACCUUGGGGCACAGCAGCUCCCGGGACGCCGAACAUGUGUGCAGGAAACGCUGCACCCGGCACACCACUUCAGCGCUGCAACGAUGCGGGCGUCAGGGCUCCUGGCACACCAACGGGAUGGCUGUCCUGUGAAACCCCACAGCUAGCAGCCGCUGCGGUCGGGGGUAGCACCUGGCCAGGAGGAGAGGCGACGGCAGCGACACAAGCCUUCCACCACGGCUUGCCUUUUCCUUGCGCUCCCAGCGCUCCCGGUGUUUCGGGCACUUCUUUCACGCAUGCCGGGCCCAGCGCUCCCAGCACGAACUUCACGCCUUGCGCUCCCUCAUCUGGCGCUCCCUUCGAGCUCGGCGCUGCUUGCGCUCCCAAUGAACAGUUCACGGGCUUCACGCCCUGCGCUUCCAGCGCUCCCUUCACGCACCCCGUACCCGGCAUUGGCUGCGCUCCUGGCGCGCAGUUUGCGCACUUCACGUCCGGCACUCCCGGGUCUCCUGGUCCUCCCUUCGUGCCCGCCAAUUCCUGUGUUUCUGUCACGCAGUUUGAGCACUUCACACCCCGCACUCCAGGUCCCGCUCCCGCUCCCGCUUCCGCUCCCCGUCCCGCUACCGCCCCAGUGCCCUCGAUGCCCGUGGAGCCUCCCAAGGCAUCUCUGGCACCUGCAGUGGCACCUACACCACCUCCUCCCUCCAGGCCGGUUCCGAGGCCCAGCUGCGCGCCUCCCAAGCCACCGCCCAAGCCACUGCCCAAGCCACUGCCCAGAAAAAAGGACCGCAGCGCGACGCCACCAGGCCACGCGCCCGGAUCUCGACCAUCCUUGUACAUGCCGUAG